AUGGCUCCUGCGACUCAGUACGAACUUUCACCGCCCCCAACCGACGCGAUCUCGGCGAUCGCGUUUGCGCCGUCCUCUGGAACCAAGCUCCUUGUCUCAUCAUGGGAUAAGAAGGUGUAUUGCUACGACAUCGCAGGUGGAGCUGGUGAGGCGACUCUCGUCAACACAUACGAGCACCGGGCGCCAGUCUUGGAUGUCUGCUUCGGCGCCAAUGAUAAUGAAGCGUUUACUGCUGGCGUGGAUUGGUGUGUUAACAGAAUCGACUUGGAGACUGGUGAAAAGACCUUGCUGAGCAAGCAUGCUGCGCCAGUGCGAUCUAUAGCCUACAGCCCAAAGUUUUCGAUCUUGGUCUCCGCGUCUUGGGAUUGCAGCUUGAACCUCCAUAACCUCAGCGAUCCUUCAAGCACCCCCAUAAGGGUCUCUCUCCCUGGCAAGCCUCAUGCGCUGGCUGCUAGUCCUACGAAGAUCGUGGUUGCCAUGGCCGGCCGUGUUAUUAACAUCUACGACCUGAAGACCAUUGUCGACCUAUUCGCAACUGGCUCAUCUGACUUGCAGCCAUGGCAACAACGUGAAUCAUCUCUACGAUAUUUGACCCGCGCUGUGUCCUGCAUGCCCAACGACGCCGGCUACGCCACAAGCAGCAUCGAAGGCCGUGUUGCAGUUGAGUGGUUUGAGGACACGGCCGAGUCCCAAGCUCGAAAGUACGCCUUCAAGUGCCAUCGGCAGGCAGCACCAGAUGGUGACGGUGAUAUUGUUUAUCCGGUAAAUGCUCUCGCCUUCCACCCUGUUCAUGGGACAUUUGCUUCAGGGGGUGGCGAUGGCACUGCUGCUUUGUGGGAUGCUGAAGCAAAGCGACGACUCAAACAGUACCAGAAAUUCCCCAACAGCGUUGCUGCGCUUGCUUUCUCAAGCGACGGGAGAUAUCUUGCUGUGGGUGUUUGCCCUGGGUUUGAGACUGGCCAAGAGGACUACAGCGGUGCCGGACAGACAUCGGUAUUGAUCCGUGAGCUUGGUGAGAACGAAGCGAAGGGCAAGGGAGCCAAAUAG